UAAGCUGUUAGCCUCAUCAUGCGUCACAUUGAAUCCAGACGUCGUCAACAGCCGCUGGCCUUCUCUUACAGUACUCAGAUCUAACCAUGGAUGAAACCAAGCUACGGCAGCUGGAGCGCCAGUACAAGUUGCGCGUCAAAACGGGUUGCGAGACUUGCAGGAUACGUCGUGUCAAGUGCGACGAGACUAAGCCAGAAUGCCAGCGGUGCACAAAAACCGGCCGCAAGUGUGAGGGCUACAAGCAUGUCACACGUUCACGAGAUCAGUCACCCGCUGCAGCAGCAUCAUUUCGAAAUCCAUCAUUCCUAGUAGUCCCGCAAAAACCUUCCCCGACAAGUGUUCCGAGAAACCCGUCGCGAAGUAUCUCUCCUGACUCUGCUGAGAAUCGAUCGUUCUUCUACUUCCGGACACACACGCUUCCGAAGUGGACCGAAUUCUUCGACUCGGAUCUUUGGAGUCAGAAAAUCUUGCAACUCAGUCAGUCAGAACCAGCGAUUAAACAUGGAAUUCUUGCCCUAAGCACCAUGCAUGAACGCUUUGAGAGCACCACACCAAUCUUUAGUGCCAAAACGAACGACUUUGCCUUUGUACAAUACAUGCAAGCCGUCAAACAUUCGAAUGACCUCCUCACAGCUCACCAGGAAGGUAAGGUGGAUGUUGAGAAGGUGCUCAUAGCAUGCAUUAUAUUCACAUGUUACGAGAACUUGGCGGGUAACUACCGAGCCGCGAACAUGCAUCUUCGAAAUGGCCUACGAAUUCUCAAUCAACAUAAGCGGGACCUACCGCCACAGACUCAUUCUACAGCUGCACAAGAGUCAAUAGCAAACGUUCUGUACCGCUUCGACCUACAAGCCAUGACUUUCUCUGACAACACUUCCCCGUACGAUUACAGCAUAGACAACCCACCGGAAUGUCCACAGAUACCGGACGCCUAUACGAAAAACGCGAAUGCUCGAAAUGACCUAGUAGGGCUAUUGCGAUGCAUGAUGUGGAUAUCCGGGGUUGCCAACAUUAACCCACAAGCGCCAGAACACCCAACAUGGCUUCGAGUCUACACAAAGUUAAUGAGUUCCUUCGAAACCUGGAGAACGACAUUUGAUAAGUACCAGCAAAAUAUUCCCCCAUCAGAACAGGGCGAUCCUAAGAUAUAUGCCGGCAACACUCUUCUAAAGAUAUAUGGCAUGAUGGCGAGCACUAUUGUUGCUGCUGGCGCCGGACUAAAAACGGAGAUGGCGUGGGAUUCGUUUGUGGACUCUUUUAAGACUGUCGUUGACCUCGCCGAAACUCUCCCUAUCCUCAAUCGGCCAGCCUCGCAACCCUCCUCCCGCUCCUCCACAUCCCCGCCACGCUCUACUCCCACAAGCUCGAAACCUCGACCAGCGAAACUCCGAGUGAUUGCCCCGAACCCCGCGACAACCACACCCUCACCUCCCCCUGGGACGUCAACAUUAGUAUUCCUUCCUGACCCGGCACCUCCAGUCCCAGCAACAAAAACGGCGUGCGAAUUUACCACAACGCCAGUAGCAAAACGAAGCCCGUCAUCCUUCUCCCCCUCCUUCGAACUCUCCCCGAUCGUUCCACUCUUUAUAACCGCGUGCCGAUGCCGCGACCCAGUUCUCCGCCGACGCGCAAUUGCCCUCCUUCUUAACUGCCGGCGGCGAGAAGGUGUGUGGGACUCAUUUGGGGCCGGGAUGGUCGCGCUACAAUGCGUGAAGCUGGAAGAAGGGCUCGACGAAGUCUUUGAUCUUGGUCCAGAAAACUGGCUACCGCUUGGAAGAUGUAGUGCAGGGGAUGAUAUUGCAGAGCCAAGACGAGUGCAAGAUGUUUUUGUCAGUGUAAACAUGGCAGAGAGACAUAUUGCAGUAAACUAUCUUAUGCGGAGUGGGGAGAGUAUUGAUCGGUAUGUGGAGUUUUAGAAUCUAGCAUUCAAUGCUGUAGGUUUUGCGAGCGCUUUUAGACCUGG